AUGCCUCUCCGACCACUGCAGCUAGUCCAGGCCAUCGUGGCGCUGUGUCUCAUCCUCUCGCUGCUGCGCCAGCCCAUCCCCUCCACCGCAGCAGCAACCGACCUCCUCAUCCCCCAAACAAUCCACCACCUCCUCCUCUCCAUGCCCAACCACCCCGUCUCCGCCUUCCGUCCCUCCCAGCACACCAUCUCCUGGCAGCAAUCCGGCUGGAAGAUCGAGUACUGGACCGAGGCGGCGUGCGCCGAACUCGCGCGCGCCACCGACCCGUCGUCCGGCCGCUACGCCGCCGCGCUGGCCGCCCUGCCCUCCGCCGUCCUGAAAUCGGACUUCUGUCGCUAUCUGAUCCUGUACGCGCGGGGCGGCGUGUACAAUGAUCUGGACGUGCGGCUGAUGCAGCCGUUGCCGUGGGGGGUGAUGUUGGGAGAUGAAUCGGGGGAUCAUCCUGGAGAUGGAGAUGCCCCCGGGACACCAAGGGAGAGUGGUCCCCCCGCCGCCAUCAUCGGGUUGGAAGGCGACGCCGCCACGCGCGGUCUGCCGCGGUCGCCGCAGUUCGUGCAGUGGACGAUGGUCGCGGCGCCGGGCCAUCCGAUCUUCAGGGCGGUCUUGGGGAAGAUCGUCGACCGGACGGAGGAGUAUCUCCGGCGUUUAGGGCAAGAAGAUCGCGCGCGGGUGGAACCGCCGGACGUGAUGGAGUGGACGGGCCCGAGCGUCUGGACGGAUGCCGUUCUCGAGUAUCUCGGGGCCGAUGAGGGGAUGUUGCACACCCUGCGAGACCUGCAGGAGACGCUGCGCAUCAGGGAUGUGGUGGUGUUGCCCAAGCGCGGGUUCGCCAUCACGCAGGGCGAGGACCAUCGCUCGGCGGAGGUGCUGGUCAAGCAUUAUUUCUCGGGGACGUGGAAGACACGUUGUCGGGCUACACCGCAUGAGAUGCACUUAUCCGAUAAGAUUCAAUAA